UUCAUCUCUCUCUCUCUUGCACUCUUCAUCAUCAUCACUCCCACAUCAAUCAUCAUCAUCCUCCUCGUCGUCGUCCUCAUCCUCGUCCUCUCCAUCCUCUCUUUCUCACCUCCCACAACUCACAGUUCUCCAGAGCACCCCGGCGUUAGGUAUUCACAUGCCUCACGUCGCGUGCCGCUCGACCUAUCUCAACAGCCCCACUCCCCCCCUCGAUCUCUGCAGCCGACUACUGUCCAAGUCUUGAACGCGCCUCUUGACAUCUUGCCAUCACUCUACCACCUCUCCGGACACGUUGGACUGACGCAUCAUGUCAGACAGCAGCUCACGCCCGUCCAGUCGCCCCACCUCCCCCUCCUCAGCCCCUCCCCAGCGCCAUGUCUCCAACUCGCUCAAGGACCGCAUCGCCAAAUUCGAGAACUUCGGAGGAGGGUCGAGCGCGCCCGCUCCCGUCCCACGUCCGCUCGGCCAGGGAUCCUACUCUCGCGGUGGCCUAGUCGGAAAUAGACUCCCCAGCCUCGACCCAAAGACUGCCGGAAUCACCGGCGCAGCGGGUCCACGUCGCGUCUCGGAGCGCCGAGACCUUAUCGGCAACCGCGUCCCCAGCCUGGGCAAUGCCAAUGUCGCCGCCGCUCUCGCUCCACGCCACACGGGAGGUAGCGUCGGUAGCGUUCCAGGUAGCGCUACCACCCCUACCACGUCGACCCCGGCCGCCGCGACUACGGCGGCACUGGGGCUCGGCCGCCCCAACCUGCCCAAGAAAUAUGCAGAUGACGAGGCGUCGCAGCCCUCCUCUGAGCGCUCUGUCAGUCCCUCCGGCUCUGCCAAGGGCGAUUCCGUCAAAGGCGAGUCGACCACGGGCGGGUCUGGGCCCAGCUCGAUCAGCGGCUCGGCCUCCGUGGCUUCCACUUCGGUUGUUUCUGCCCCGGAUUCGACUCACUCGGGCUCUGCACCCACUUCGGCAACGUCCUCGCCUGCAACAUCACCCGGCGCCCCGAUCCCGCCACAGCUUCUCGUCUCCUCAUUGCCCACAUAUGACGAUGCUGGCUCGAUGACACCACUCUCGACCCGCGCCGAGGCUGGCGAGGACGCACCCUCCGAGUUUUCCAUGCCUACCACACCACAAGCAACUAACACCGAGCUCCCUCGCCCCGGAUACGACUUGGUUCCCGGGAAUCUUGCCCUCGCAGCCGGCCCGCAAUCGCAGGCCAUGGCCCCGUCUCCCAGCAUUUCCUCGUCACUCGUCUCGCAGUACGACCCCAAGUCUGAGGGGGAAGAGAGCGCCAACCUCAAGGACGUUAGCAAUGUCAGUACCCCUACCGGGACACCGCGUCAGGCGCACAAAACGCUUGAUGACGACGGGUCAAUCGCAGGCUCUGUGGCCGGCUCGACACGUGGUUCCACGCGUGGCCCAGAUGACCUCGAGGAGAAGGCGACCGCAGCCUCCAUCGACAGCGAUGACGCAACGCCAGAGCCGGAGGUUACAAAGUCCUCUGCCGGCACCAAGGCGACUGAGCUCGCUCCGCCACACGUACCAGCGGCUGCUGCUGCGGACGAGCCGGAGCCAGAACUGCUGUCGACGGUAGCUGCGACGCCCGUAACUCCGACGCCCAUGACUCCCACGCUUAUGACCUCUGAAAACGAUAGUGGAGCUGCACUCAGCUCUGGGCAGAAGAGCGGCUGUGAUACCACCCCGAGGCCAAAGACUGCCACCCAGUCCUCCCCCACCGCAGAAGCGCCCAAGCCUGCGAAACCCCCCGUACAGGCGCCCCUGUCUAAGGAGACGCUUACGAGAGAUGAGCAGCCUCCGACCGAGCAGUCGCCCGCGUCUGUGGAGGCAUUCAAGACGGAGGAGAAGGGGAAGGGCCCUUCAUCCGCUGUUUCCGCUGUCGCCGGAGUCGCUGCAUCUCUCGUGCUUCCGGUGGCGGCAGUGGCAACCGUCUUGUCGCAGAACGAAUCCGAGCCCUCUCCUUCUGACGCUGCUGGCGACCCUGCUGCUGUUGUUGAGCAUGGGCCAACUGCAGUUGCUGCCCAGAGUGCCGUCAAGCAAGGCGCAGAGGUGGAUGUGCCCGUUUCGAAAGCAAUGGGUGAAGCGACCGCAGCGCCAGCAGCAGCUGACAAGCCUGAUGAGGGGAUUGCUAAGGGCGACCAGGUUCAGCCUGUGCCGGCGACAGGAGCUGCCAUCACACCAUCCCUAGGGCCAGCAGCGGCCGUCGCCGAGCCACCUGUCCCCGAUGUCGAGGAGCUCGUAGACGCAGUUGAGGCCGAAGGAUUCGAGCUGGACCCACCUAAACCCGACAACGUGUCCGAUGUGACAACCAUUGUUCCUCGUGUCGAUUCUGAGGAUUCGUCGCCUUUUCCGUCCAGCGGUCUUAGGGACCGCGACGUCACCCCGCUAGGCUCAACACUCAGCAGUCUGAGAAUCGACGACACACCGCUUGACCGCGAGGCAACGCCCGUCCCAGACCACCACGACCCGUCGCAGCCGCCGCCCGCACUGGAUGACGACAGUGACAUUGUGAGCGUCUUGGGUGGGACGAUGAGUGAGCGAGGCGAUGAGCUUGCCUCAAACCGCUCCUCCAUGCCACCUGCUCGAGCUUCAUCUGAGCUGGAAUUUCGAUACGAAGACCUUCACGAGCGGUUUUUUCGCGAGAAUCAAGCUAAAGGAGAUGCAAGUACCCCUACCGAGAACACUGCCGGCGCGACAGGCGUCGUGGCUCCGGUCGGCACUGAGUACGAUGGCUCGAGUGCCGGGAAUCAAGAAGCGUCCAAAACCGCUCCGCCGCCCGACCGAGGUGUAACAGCUACUUCAGCUUCCGGGGGAGUUUCAGUCGCUGCCACCACCGCUGGGCAUUCUUUUCGUGAAAACAUCGGUACGACAUCGGCUGCUCGCGUGGAUGCGCGCAGCGCAGAGAGUGGUGUCAUGAGCUCCCUUCCCUCGGUGCCCACCACCGACCCCAACCGUCGCCCCGUGCAAGUGCACAUCGAGCCUUCACCCCACGGCGUCCUGUUUCAGCCGGCGGUGAACGUGCAGGCCCCCUCCCCGCUUGAUGCGACAUUUGAGAACGGGCAGCGCACGUCUAUCUCCAGCUCGUCGUCGGCCGAGACAUCGCGCGUUCCUACCCCAGCGCAUCCCGCGUUCCCCCGCGCACCGGGCAAUGACCUUCCGGACGCCGAGACACCAGCGCGCGGCGCCUCGCCGUCUGGAACGCCGACUCUGGCCUCUGGCGCCGACGGGACAAUGCACUCGUUCCCGCCCGUGCCCGACGAAGAGCACCCCUACGUUGAAGUACACGUCGAGCACCACCACGCGCACGCGCACGCACACUCGCACCCCGGCGGCAGCUAUUACCACAGAGUGCCGUUCCCACGCAGCGCGUCGGAGCGUGCCGUGCGCACAGUCGCCUUUUCGCCGCCCAAGCGUACAUCGUCGCUGCGCGCGCCGCUCACGCCGCCAUCUCAUGCGCCGUUUGGCGGCCGCAUGUCUCCCACGCCCGGAAGCAGCCCGUCGCCCAACCUCAGCGUGGAGAGUUUCGACCGGCCGCCAGGCUCGCGCAGCCCGGGGCGCAAGCGCAACUCGUUCUCACCCCGGUCGCCGUUGCUUGACGACGAGGACCCGGGAGACUUUGAGCCCGGAGAGGGAUGGGCUAUUGUGAAUCGCUGGGAGCCGUGGCGCAGCCCGUCGCAGCACAGCAUGUGAGACUUGUAGUGUACUGUAUGGUAGUAUGGCGAUAUGACAAGCAGUAGUGUGUGUCACCCGUUGCCACGGUGUGCUUGAGGUAUUGAACAAGACGGGACUGCACACAAAGACAAGACACAAUGCUAUGGUGAUACAGUGGCAUG